AUGACCGACACUACCCGAUCAGUGGAAUCGGCUACACUGGAAAUUAUCCUGAUCGCAAUCGUUGUCCUUGUCCUUGUCCUAUGCCUUGGGCUCUUCUUGCUAGGCGCCAGUUUGAGAACACCAAGAGGAACCCGGGAUACCGAAAAUGGACAGCGAGAAACGCACUGGGGCGAAUGGCACCAGGCAGAUCAAGGGGAUGGGGCAUACCAUGAUGAUGAAGCUUCGUUUAUCAAGAGUGUGCGAAGACGAAGCCAGUCUUUGGCGGAUGAGCUCCGACUGGAGUUGAACAACCUUAAACGCAACCUAUCCUUAUUGACAAUUCCCUCAAGGGUCCGACUCGAAAGCACAAACACAGGAGAAGCACGAAGAUUCAGCAUCGACCGGCUAUUGAGUUUCUCCCCACCCAGCUCGGAAUUAGUCACAGACUGCGAGAGCUGCUUCGAGUACUUGGACUCUCCGCUGUCCGCCACCGGUAGGGAGGAGGAUGCAACCGGGACACAGAGGAGACCAACUCGACCGGCAGGAAAUGCAGUAAGAUAUGGGGAGGCACAACAGUGGGAUAGUCCUUUGCUGUAG